GGGUCUCACUGUCUGUCGCCCAGGCUGGAGUGCAGUGGCACGAUCUAGGCUCAUUGCACCCUCCGCCUCCCAGGUUCAAGUGAUUCUCCUGUCUCAGCCUCCCAAGUAGCUGGGAUUGCAGACACGUGCCCCCACGCCCGGCUAAUUUAUGUAUUUUUAGUAGAGACAGGGUUUCACUAUGUUGGCCAGGCUUCUUUUCCUCCCUCCCCCAACUCUUCUUCCUUGCUGUCUCCCUCCCUACUUUCCAACUUUUGGCUGUGUUGAAUUUGUUGACUCAUCCUGAACAAGCAGAAACUCCAAUGAUACUGUCACCUAAGAGAGAACUUUGCACAAGGUUGCCAUGUUUAAUAAUUCAUUCACAGAAUCCUCAAUCUCACAAAAGCCUGGAAUGAAUUUCCUGUUUGGUUAUGGCAGGGAAGCUACUGUGGCUAGGCUCCAACUCCUCCCACUGUAGAUAGCAGCAGCCUUCUUAAGCAGCCUGUGGCCGAGCACAGUAGCUCACGCCUGUAAUCCCAGCACUUUGGAAGGCCGAGGUGGGCGGAUCACCUGAGCUCAGGAGUUUGAGAUCAGCCUGUCUCUACUAACAAUAUAAAAAUUAGCUGGGAGUCACGGUGGGCGCCUGUAAUCCCAGCUACUCGGGAGGCUGAGGCAGGAGAAUUGCUUGAACCCAGGAGACAGAGGCUGUAGUGAGCUGAGAUCCCACCACUGCACUCUAGCCUUGGCAACAGUGCAAGACUCUCUGAAAAACAGCAACAGAAAGCAGGUCGUGAGACUUCUACCUGCUCACUCAGAAUCAUUUCUGCACCAACCAUGGCCAAGUUUGUGGAGCUCAGUACCAAAGCCAAGAUGCCCAUUGUGGGCCUGGGCACUUGGAAGUCUCCUCUUGGCAAAGUGAAAGAAGCAGUGAAGGUGGCCAUUGAUGCAGGAUAUCGCCACAUUGACUGUGCCUAUGUCUAUCAGAAUGAACAUGAGGUGGGGGAAGCCAUCCAAGAGAAGAUCCAAGAGAAGGCUGUGAAGCGGGAGGACCUGUUCAUCGUCAGCAAGUUGUGGCCCACUUUCUUUGAGAGACCCCUUGUGAGGAAAGCCUUUGAGAAGACCCUCAAGGACCUGAAGCUGAGCUAUCUGGACGUCUAUCUUAUUCACUGGCCACAGGGAUUCAAGUCUGGAGAUGACUUUUUCCCCAAAGAUGAUAAAGGUAAUGCUAUCGGUGGAAAAGCAACGUUCUUGGAUGCCUGGGAGGCCAUGGAGGAGCUGGUGGACGAGGGGCUGGUGAAAGCCCUUGGGGUCUCCAAUUUCAGCCACUUCCAGAUCGAGAAGCUCUUGAACAAACCUGGACUGAAAUAUAAACCAGUGACUAACCAGGUUGAGUGUCACCCAUACCUCACGCAGGAGAAACUGAUCCAGUACUGCCACUCCAAGGGCAUCACCGUUACGGCCUACAGCCCCCUGGGCUCUCCGGAUAGACCUUGGGCCAAACCAGAAGACCCUUCCCUGCUGGAGGAUCCCAAGAUUAAGGAGAUUGCUGCAAAGCACAAAAAAACCGCAGCCCAGGUUCUGAUCCGUUUCCAUAUCCAGAGGAAUGUGAUUGUCAUCCCCAAGUCUGUGACACCAGCACGCAUUGUUGAGAACAUUCAGGUCUUUGACUUUAAAUUGAGUGACGAGGAGAUGGCAACCAUACUCAGCUUCAACAGAAACUGGAGGGCCUGUAACGUGUUGCAAUCCUCUCAUUUGGAAGACUAUCCCUUCGAUGCAGAAUAUUGAGGUUGAGUCUCCUGGUGAGAUUACACAGGGGAUUCUCUUUCUUCGCUGAAGUGUGACUACCUCCACUCAUGUCCCAUUUUAGCCAAGCUUAUUUAAGAUCACAGUGAACUUAGUCCUGUUGUAGAUGAGAAUCGAGGUGCUGUUUUAGACAUUUAUUUCUGUAUGUUCAACUAGGAUCAGAAUGUCACAGAGAAGCAUGGCCUGAAUAAGGAAAUGACAAUUUUUUCCACUUAUCUGAUCAGAACAAAUGUUUAUUAAGCAUCAGAAACUCUGCCAACACUGAGGAUGUAAAGAUCAAUAAUAAAAAAUAAUAAUCAUAA